AUGAUUGUGGCGGUGGAGACUGAUGGUGAUGAUGAUGAUUGUAAAGGUGAUGAUCAUAAUGAUCAUGGUGAUGAUAAUGAUGAUCAUGAUUGUGAUAUUGAUGAUGAAGGUAGUAGUCGUGGUGAUAAUGAUCAUGGCCAUAAUCAUGGUGAUGAUGAAGGUGAUGACAAUAUUGAUGAUGAUGGUGAUGAUGAGGAGGAGGAUGACAAGUAUGAUAUAAAUGGGGAUGAUGAUGACAAUAAGGAUAUUGAUGGUGAUGAUGAUGAUUCUGCUGGAGAUGGUGAUGAUAAUGACGAUGACGAUUGUAAACAUGAUGAUUUUGGUGAUAAUUGUUUUGAUGACGGUGGAUGA